CCUUCAUCUUCCUCGUCAGAUCAACCAGAUCCCAAAAAGACCAAGACAGAGUCUUUCGACAUAGCUUCCAUCCGUGCUCAAAUCGCCGCUCGAAAAGCUCAAGUAGAAGCUCAAGUUUCUUCCCGUCCAUCCGACUCUCCCCAUCCUCCUUCUCUCCCUUCAAAACCAAUACAAACCAACAAUAAAAUCGCAGCUGCUAAACGACGAAUAGAAGAGAUGAACGCUAAAAUGUCCAAUCCGUAUUUAGGUGGUGUGAAACCUAUCGAACAGAAACCUCAAGCUACAGGAGGUUUACAUCCUCUCCUUAUGGAAACUACAAAUUCAGCUGUCGGUGGGAAAGCUGGGGCUGGGGGAAUAGGAGAAGGAGUAAUUGGAGGAGAAGAGAAAAAUGAGAAAAAAGCUUUAAGAGAUAGAUAUAAAACUAUGGCUCCUAAAUAUACUUCUGUAAAAGCUAAUGCUUCUAUUUCAUCUUCUUCAAAUAUCCCAAGACCUAAUCCUGUCAUACCUGUUUUAAACCCUUAUGCUACAAAGACCGAUACGUUAGCACCGGAAGAAGAAAAGGCAGUUAUAAGGAAAUCGAAGAAAUUACAAUUUUCUCAAGCUGGUAGAUAUGUGAAACAAGGUGAUGCAUUAAGAAGUGAGAUUAAGAUGGAUGAAUUGAGACAGAGGAUAGCGGAAGCUAGUAAGAAAGCUGGGUUGGAUAGUGAGUUUGAUACUUUGGAGAGGAGUUUGAAGCGGGCACCUCCUCCAGAUGUGGAAUGGUGGGAUCAAGCUAUACUCCCCGAAGGAGCGACAUACGAAGAUAUUGAUUCCGCAUUGGAAUGGAUAACCACCUCGAAUGAAUCCCUCGUCACUCACUUGGUUCAACAUCCGAUUCCUAUACCUGCUCCAGGGGAAAAGAAACAACCAGAACGAGGUCUCAUGUUGACCAAAAGAGAACAAAAGAAAAUGCGUAGACAAAGACGUCAAGCAGAGUUAGAGGAUAAACGUGAUAGACAAAAAAUGGGUCUUUUGCCACCUGAUCCACCGAAAGUGCGAUUGGCCAAUCUGAUGAAGGUCUUGACAAGUGCAGCUAUACAAGAUCCGACAAAGGUAGAAGCGAAAGUCAGGAAAGAAGUUGCCAUGAGAGCUUUGAAACAUCAGAAAGAUAAUGAGUCUAGGAAGUUGACACCUGAACAGAGGAAGGAGAAAGAGUAUCAGAAAUUGGUUUCGAAAGAGAGGACGGGAUUGUAUUGUGCUGUUUUCAAAAUCAAAUACCUCACCAAUGGAAGACAUAAAUUCAAAGUUCGUGAAACUGCUAAAACUGACCUUCUCUCCGGUGUAUGCAUCUUCGGUCCUUAUUACGCUAUCGUCCUGGUCGAAGGGGUGGAUAAAAGUAUCAAACAUUAUAAACGUAUGAUGUUACAUCGUAUCGAUUGGACCGAACAAGCUCGUCCGUUAGGUGAUGAAGGUGAGGAUGAUGAUGAAGAUGGAGGUAAGAUGGGAGGGGGACAGGAAGAUCCGGAUAGUUUGGCUGAUAAUAAAUGCGAAUUGAUCUGGGAAGGUGAAGUGCCAGAGAGAACUUUUAGGAUCUUCAGAGCUAGACAUGCGGAAUCGGAUUCGAAAGCGAAAGAAUGGUUGACACCGAAGUGGGAGGGAAUGUGGGAUGUGGCGAAAAGGUUGGUUUGGUCUGGGGAAGAUGUGUAG